AUGGCAACGGGCUCAUCCGACGUGCAGCUCCACGGCGGUGUGGGUGACAACGAGAACCCGGGUACAUGGCAGCAGCUGGCAGCGUAUGUCUCUUGGGUGAAUUCUCAGCUGAGGAGAAAACCAGGACUCAAUCCCAUCUCUGACCUCAGGCGAGAUCUGCAGGAUGGGGUCAUUUUUAUACACCUUAUAGAAAUAAUUGCUGGGGAAGUUCUUGAUGGAGUCUCUUUGGUGCCACAAGACAGAGAGGAGAGCAGGAAGAAUGUGGAGUGCGUUCUUCAGUUCAUUUUGUCCAAGCACAUACGCAUGCCACACAUCUCUGCAAGAGACAUAGUGGAUGGUAAUCUCAAAUCUGUGAUGAGGAUAAUCUUGGCACUGGCAGCUCACUUCAAACCAUCAGCCAAUCAUAGAGCUGCCUAUGAGAGAGGAAGGAUUUCAGCAAGAGCAUUUGCCAGCCAUAACCCUCUCUCCACGGUUGCACUGGCACAGGGUGCAGCGGCGGCAUUGGCAACUGCACGACACGAUGCCUCACAACCUGCACGCUACACACACCUCCACAGAUGGGGGAUGGAUGAAGAACGGGGUGUGUGUGUGCGUGCGCUGGUUGAGCAGUAUGAGAGAGGGAGUCCUGAUGAGCCAGAUACCACUGAACCUAGCAGCCUGAGCUCCAUCAGCCCUCUGUCCUCCCCAAGAGUGCCCCCCUGCAGUCACCCAGAGGACAAACAGCAAGACAGUAACCAUCAACGGGGGAGCAGGGCUGAGCCAUCUCAGGUUGUAGUGAGGACGAUCUGGGAGGAUUCUUUUCACGAAACACUGGAGACGGAGAUAGAGGAGACGCGUAAAAUGGUGUCUGCUUUACAGGCUCUGCUGCUGCAUGGGUCACUGCCCGAGGAUGAGCAGCAGUCUGUGAGUUUGGAAGAAGACAAUGCUGAGCAACAACUGGUGGUCAUUCGGAGUCAUUUGGACCAGAGUAUGGAGGAGGCUCGAGAGCUUAAGAGGGAACUGCUGCACUGUAAGCAGGAGAUAAGAAACCUACAGGGAGUCAAGGAGGCCCAGCAGCAGAGGCUGUGUUCUCAGGAGGCUUCAAUACUGCAGAUGAAACAAGAGUUACUCAGAGCCAGCAUGGCCAAGGACGAGCUCAACAACCAGAACGCAGAGCUACAGUGGAAGCUGGAGGAAUGUAACAGGCUCUGGGGCGAAUCUAAGAAAGAGACGGUACAGAAGGAUAAACUUUUGCAACAACACAAACACAAAUUUGAAGAAAACCAAAAGCAACAGAGUGAAUUGCAGAGAGAGUUGGAACAUAAAAAUAGUAUGCUGCAGGAGCUGAUGAGUCAGGAUCUGCAUCAGCAGAUGUCUCCUAACACUGAAAACCAUGGACAUUCUCGCACUGGAAAUCCAGGUCCUGUUAUGUCUGGGCAGGCAGAAGAGCUGCAGCUUGUCAGAGAUGCACUGAGGAGCCUGAGGAACAACUUCAGAGAGCAUGAUCCCCAACACCACACACUGGACACCCUAGAGCAGGGCAUAGCAUCGCUCAUAGACAGACUGCAAGUUCUACACAGCUAUCGGGGUAGGGGGAAGUCUCCGAGACGCAAAGCGGCACACACAGAUCCUGAUGCCUGGCCUUGCACAAAGACCUGCCAUUCCCAAAGCAGUCCUGCUUCAACUAAAAUCCUUUAUUUCACUGGGCAAUCUCCUACACCCUCUAUGAUCAACAUUUCUAAAAGGCUGGGUGAGGUGACCCUCAAGGAUGUCAAAGCAGCUGUGGAUCAAGAGGGAAACUACAGGUACCAUUUUAAAGCCCUGGACCCUGAGUUUGGCACAGUGAAAGAAGAGGUUUUCCUGGAUGAAGCAGUUGUUCCUGGUUGGGAAGGGAAGAUUGUGGCCUGGGUAGAGGAAGACAAUAGCGAGGAACGACCAUUGUAGAUUGAAGCUGAGGAGCUCUGAGAAAUGUUUUGCAUCUGGUUACCCAAGCCCAGAGUGACACCAUGUUGACCAGAGUUGUGUGGACAGAUGGAACAGGAGAUGGUUUUUGACAGUGGAUUUAUCAACAAGAUUAGACUCGUCAGCAAGGGAUUCGGCUUGCCGACUGAAUUGUAAAGCCAUCACGUUGCCCUGCUUGUUCUGGCUUUAUGUGGAAACAGUGUACGUAGCUGUCAUCUAAAAUGCUAGCACUCAGUGCCUUAUUGAGAAGAUGUCAAUUUAUUAUCUGUGAAUGUUUACUGUAUAGGCAACUGUGAGUUUGACUUUUGGCUUUGUUCUGUCAUGCCCCGAUUACAGUCAAUGACUACAAAUUGCGCCCUACAUACAAGUAGGGCGCAAUUUAAUCUUCAAAACUGAUUCACGUUUUGUGCACACCGCAGUCACUAAAAAAAAUUUGGGAGAUUUUAUAAUCAAGGCUAAACGUUUGAGCAUUUCGGUCCAAACAUAAAUUAAACCUUUUCCAAUGGCUUUUAGCUCCAGCUCAAGCCCAAAAUGGAGAUGACCUGAAGUUUCCACUAGGUGGCAAACAAGGUCUUGUACUUUUUCUAUUGGAUUAGCGUCAUGAGCAGUCAAUGGGGUAUUUAACUUACUGAAUUCCCUGACUGGCAGGAAAUAUCAGACCUGUUAUCACAAAAUAUACU